CGCCAUUUACCAAAGAGGGGAAAAAAAAAUUCCUUAUAAAAUUUUCUUUUAUCCCAGAAUAAAUAAGUCAAGAUGGAAGAGAAUCAGUGGAUAUUAGAAAGAGAAGAAAGCCAACAGUUUCCUUCUGUUUUACAUGGAAUGAAAUACGAAGAGGAGUUAGCAACUCGACUACGUGCUAUUUGCAUGAUUGAAUGUGUUGGAAAUCGUUUAGAAUUGCCACCCUAUGCAAUUGCUUCAGCAUGUACUCUUUUUCAUCGCUUUUAUACGAGAAGAUCGUUUUUUGAUUAUAAUGGCGCUAAAAUUGCACAAGCUUGUAUAUUUGUAGCAUGUAAAAGUGAAGAAUCUGCACGUAGACCACAAGAUAUCGCGCGAUCCUGGUUAUAUACACCUGAUGAAAUAGUGGAAGAUGAAAAAAUUGAAGCUUUUGUGGUCGAUCUAUUAUAUUAUGAAUAUAUUGUUUUAGAAAUAACCUGUUUUGAUUUACAGAUCGAUCAUCCAUAUUGUGAUUUAUUCCAUUUUGCUGAUGAAACUUUUGCCCUAGCUUAUAUUAAUGACAGUUAUCGAUUACCAAUGUGCUUAUGGUAUGUUCCAAGGGCUAUUGCAGCAGCAGCACUAAUAAUGGCAUUUCAGGGACAAGACCUUGAAUUUCCUUUAGAUCCAGAAACAUUAUGGGGACAAUUCCUUAUAGAAAAUGGAAGCAUCAUAGGAGGUAAGUGUAUAAGAUGAUGAUAUGACUUGAGAUAUAUGUUUAUCUAUUUAUUUAUUUUAGAAAUUGUUGCUACCAUUAUGGAUGUAUACAAGUUACCAAAAAGAGUGGGUACAAACAAUAGACAUUAAAUCAAUAAUUGCAACAAGUUAUUAUAAAAAAAAAAACCAAAGAAAAUUACUUAUAAUAUAUACCCAAUAUAUAUGCUUACAUACAUACAUACACAUACAUAUUAUACAACAAUACCAACUCUA